UUUAGACGUGAGGACAACGUAGAUGCAGAAGUUAAAGCCAGUGGUUUUGCAAGGCAAAUAGAAAAAGAAAUUGACAUUUUCUUAACAGAAAUUGAUUUUGAAUAUAAAGAAGAAAAAGACAAUGAAGAUGUUGAGUCUGAUACGGGCAGUGAGGAUGAAACGUAUGAAAAUUGUGUUGAUAAUAUCGAAGAUUUGGAAUAUCAGUUAAAUGAUGUACAAGUUCAAGAUCGAACUGCAAAAGAAAAAUUUGAUGUUCCAACAAGAGAGACAGUACUAAAUAACGAUAAUGAACAUUUAAAGGAGAUAUCUACUGUACCAUGUUCUGACAAGCAAAGCAACAUGGAAAAUGAAUGUAAACGAAAUAACGGAGAUGUAGAAAAUGUAAUGGCCAAUGAAGAAUACAAUGAUUGUACAUCGUAUGGUUUAUCAUCAAACCCGGAAGACGAAGCAGCACAGGUUUAUGAUGACACACGAAGUAUACGGAGUAUUUCAACAGCUGCUACGAUUGCACCAGACGUGAUAAAAAAGAGAACAAAAUUAGCACUUGACAAACGUGAGAGGAGCCAGGCAAAGAGAGCACUUGUUAAAGGAGAAGCAAGCGCGGUGACGAGAAUACGAAGAGAUAAUAGAGCUACAAUUAAAGAAUCGACGGGAAUUUGGGGCUGGGAAUAAAGUACAAGUUAUAUUUAUUAUACUAUCCAGAAAAAUAAAGAAGAAAAUAUGGAAAGUAGUUCUAUCUGAAGAACUAAACAUUCAAUCCGUUUCGGAUUGCUUCAACUGCAUAAUUUUGUAAUAUUCAUAUAAUUAUCGUGUAAUUGCAGAACAGAUACUAUCAAAGAUAUGUACAGCUAAACUAAUACAAGCGGUUUGCCCAUAUUAUAUGCAAACUUGAUAUCCAGACGUAUUAUAUAUAAAAUUAGACGUGCAUAAAAUUUAUGCAUUAUUAAUGAAUAAUUUUAUCUUAAGUAUUAUUGUAUAUUAAUAUAAUUAAAUACUAAUGAGGACCUUUUUGCAUCUUGCAACAUAAAGCAUUAAGAUGAUGGGUUAAUCUAUUGUAAACCAAACUAGAAAUUCUAAAGAUUCAUAUUUUUCUCACAUGUUAAGCAGAUACUCGUCACAGAUGGACAAUCAAAACAAAAAUUAUCAGAUUCUAAAUAAACCUUUCACAUAAGAUAAAAUUUAUCAAACAUUUGUAGACCAUAUGUCAGAUUUUCUGAUUUUCUCAAUUUUGUCCUUUAAUCCUUUCCAAUCGGAGAGUCUAAUAACAUCCCUUCUCUUAAAACGUCGAACCAAUUAAGAAGAAUUUUAAGAAAUACCUCUUCUAAAUAUAGAUCGUACACUAAGGAUCCGAUCUUUAGAGACAAGUCGUCGUUCCCAAGAAGCUCUAGUCCAAGCCGUCCAAGCUCAAGUUCAGCUUCGAGUGUAUAAGUACAGAAGGAGAAGUUUUCUAGAGAGGCGCACAAUCAAGAGGAGAAUAG